AUGACGAACAAAGUGCAUCACAAUGACCUGAACGGGGCGCCGUCUCAGUGCGACUCCACUGGAAAAUUUCAACGGACGUCCCUCGGGUGCCUCACAACCAAACACCCCCUUCGACGAAUAUGCAUCAAGAUCGUCACGUGGAAGUGGUUCGACCGGUUCAUCGUGUUCUGCGUCGUGUUCAACACCGUGAUCCUGGGCUUGACCGACUACACGGACGCAUGGGUCGAAGGGCCCAACACAACGAUCUGGAUCAACUGGUUCAUCGACAGCUGCAACGGCGUCAGCUUCUACAUAUUUCUCGCCGAAGCCACGUGA